UAAUAUUUGUCGGCGCAGGGCUCUGCUUUCAAAUAUUGCUUUCAAAUUGAAUUUUUUUUGUCCAGCGCGCUUAAAAGCAAACAAAUAAACAAUAAUCUGCGAUUCUGCUAAAAUAUAUUACUAAAUAAUUCUUUAAUCAAUCCCUAAAAUCGCAUGUUUACCGUCUAUCCAAAAUGGAAAAUGAUUUUGAAAGCGAACUAAAGGGUACGCCUGCUGAAGCUACUGCCGCCAAACAAAAAAUCGAAAAAUAUUUCAAACGCUAUGGUGAUUCUGGCCAUCUGGAGGCGAGAAAACAUCAACUAAUGUUUGCCAGUAAAAUUAUGUGUACAAUUGCUAAAUGUGAGAAUAAGCAUAUGGAUUUGUAUUGCAACAUUAUUAUAGAGACGUUUGCGGAUCAUUUGUGUCCGGAGGCUAGUGUAAAGUAUUGGACUUUGUAUGUUAAUUGCAUACGAUAUUUUCAUUAUUUACUGGCGGACAAGAAAGAUUUCGAAAAAGCCUCUCUUAUAUAUCGACACAUCUCAGCCUAUGACAAUAAAUUACAAAGUAACGAAAAUAGUUUAACCUACAUCCACAUCAAUUGCUAUCAAUUGUUUCUGCAAAAUUCGCUACGUGUACAAAAUCAAGACUUAGCUGUGAGUGAAGCUACCAAAAUUCUUGAAAAUCUAACAAAAUUAUUUAACGAUGUUUUGGAAACUAAUAAAAAGCAUAAUUUCCAAUAUCCUGAUCUAUUAAAGAAAGUCAUACAAUGGUUGUUUUUACAAAAUAGAAUUGGUGCAUUUUAUCAAUUUAUAAAAUAUUUACCACAAAAUAAAGUUAAGGAAAUGUUUUGUGCCUUAUUCUCGCUAUAUGGUCGUCAAACAUUUGACAAAACUUUUGACGAAAACGAAAGUCAGGAGCAAGCAAAAUUUAUAAUUGAAACAAUUUACUCAUUACUACAGCUGGAUAUAAUGGAUAAGAUGCAACUACAAUUAGCCGUACAACUUGUGGGCCAAUGUCGUACAGAAUCUCGCUUGCAAUCUUAUAAACCUAUAGCUGAUUCCUUUCUUCUACUAUACGAUUACUUAAAGCUAUUGUGCAGUCAAAAGUCUAUUGCGGAUUUUCAACAAAUCUAUAGCAUACGUUGUGAACGUUUUAAGGAACUAUUCGAUAAAUAUUCCAAAAAUGUUAUGCAUCAACCUUGGUUUGGUGAUUUUCUCGUCUUACUAUUCUAUUUACAUUCACAACUACAAAAUAUCACUAUAUUUGCUGCAUUUUGGAAGCAAAUGUCUAAACCGCAUUGUUAUACUUCUAUAUUUAAGUUUUUUAUGGAAUUAAUGAAAUUGGCUCCAUGCAUAUCGGCUGAGACGAAAUUAUUUACAAUAAAUUGCUGCAGCAGCACCAGGAAACAUGUUAUUUUAUCAUUUGCUCAAAUUGCUUUGGUCGCUUUCGUAUUCUAUUGCCAGAAUGUUAGUGAAGAUGAUGAAAAACAAGAGGAAUUGGAAAAUCGUGAUAGUAAUUUUGACAGCGAACCAAUAUCUAUGAAUGAUGCCAUUAUCGAUUGGGAAUCAAUUUUAGAUGAUCUCGCCAGUUUGGCACUUUGUUUACAAUUGUCCGGUUACAUGGAACACUGUUCACGUAUUUGGUUACUACACUAUAAAUGUUCACGUCUAAUACAAGAUGCCUUUUCAGCCCUACGAGGUUUAACAUUCUUCUGUGAAUAUUCCGAACAUUAUGGAAAAAAUGAUAAUAACAAAGCCUUUGAACUAGAAGAUGAAAUUCAAUAUCAUUUUCCCACCAUAAUGCAGGGACUGGAAAAUUUAACGAAUCUUCAAAGACAAACAUAUCAAAAUUACAUUUUAUUAGCUGUACUACAAAUAGCUUACUAUUAUGCUCGAACAUCGCGACUAACAUUUGCUCAAAUGUUGAUACAGUAUGUUGAAGAAAAACAUGCUGAGUUGGUCGAACGUCUGGGACGUUAUGAUAUUAUUUUGGCUACCAUGGAUGUUAUUAAAUUUCGUUUAAUGUGGAAACAUUUUGAUGCUGCUAAAUCAACUGCAGAUGAAAAGUCUGUACGUACCAGUGCUGAAAAUUUACUCUUACAUCGUUGUCUCUUGCAUGAGGUGCAAGAGACUUUGGAUCGUCUCUAUGAAUUCUCCUACAUUAGUUCCUGUGAUGGUUUAUUGUAUUCGAUUAUGAUUAUUGGUUUAGUUCAAGAGCUGGCUGAAUGUACAGUCAAUCGUUUAUGUGAUAAUUUUAUAAAUGCACUUUUUAUAGCCACCACUAAGUGUACAUUACUAAUGGGUCUGGCCUUACGUUUCGUUCAAGUUAUGGGCAUGUGGAUGUGGGUAAAUUUACAAAUGGAAUAUGUUGAUAAGGCUCAGACAAAAUUAAAAAUAAUAGAAUAUGUUAUGGGUAUGAAAAGUCUUAAUGAGAUAAUGGAAAAGAGUACUAAAAAAACCAUAAGCGACAUACAGUCUAGUACAUUAUUACCAACACAAUGUGUAGAGUUAUUUACACAAAACCAAUAUAAUCCUGGCAUGGAGGCAAUCCGACGUCUGGCACAAGUACAUUUAUCACCUAUUAAAACGGACAAAUUACAGUUGAGCCCUUCACAUCGCAAUACCGAUUUAAAACGUUAUUUUAAGUGUAAUGUUGAUGCCAAACUUAUGCCUCAAAACGAACAAAUCGAAUGGACACUAUUCAUGGUGGGAUGUCUAAAUGCUAGACUCUAUUUUCUAGUAGAAGACUAUGAUCAAUUGGAGACAUUCUACGAAAGAGGCAGCAAGUGGCUGCAAAUGCGCAAUAAUAGUUUUAAUAAGAAAUACUAUAAAAAUAUACAACUUAUGGCUAUGCAGCAUUAUGCAAAUUUCCUUAGAGCCCGUAAGAAAUACGAUAAAGCUGUGCAAUGUCUGCAGUAUGGAAUGGAAUUGUGUGAAAAUAUGAAAUUUUACGUAGAUGCUGUUUACUAUGUUAAUUUUCAAUUACAACUCUUGGCCACCCAAAAGCAAAUGGGUGACUGCAGUAAUGUAAAAGUACAACUGCCCACAUUUAGUAAAAUAAGAAGAGCUUUACAAUUCAAUAUAUCUCCAGAAAAUGUACAACUUAAAGAGCAAGCUAAGAAAGAUCUUAAAGAGAAACUGUUACAGAAUGUAAUGGCUUCAGGGAAAAAAACUACAGCAAUAAUGAGACCUUUACCCAGCAUUAUAAGUGGCAGUGGUUGCUCAUCUUCAAAGAAACCUAAAACUCAAACAGGCGCCAGCAUCAGCAGUAGUAGUUCCAGUAGUAGCACUUCUAGUUUAGAUAGCAAAACAACCAAACCUAAAUUUGAAAUUUGUGAAGAUUCCAUUGAGAUUGUAGAGACUAUAGCGCCUGUAAUUAAUAGCGAAGAAGCAGUUAAAACUAUAAAGAGAACAAAAAGCCCAGAGGAACCAGAGCUGCUACAUAAAACCCCAAAAGUCACAAGAACUACUGCGAAAGCAACAAAAACCACUACAGCUAGCAAAAGAGAGGCAAAAAUCAAAAGACCAGAACUUGUGCCGCCACAAUAUCAUAUUGAUAUUGAUUUAACUGAUACACCGAAAACUUCACCACAGAAAAUUUCCACUUCGACUUCAUCGUUGGAAAAUUUAGAUGCCAAAGAAAAUCUCAAUACAAAUGAUCUAAUAGCACAAAUGGAAAAUCUAGAAAUUAAAAGUACUAAAAGGACAAAAGCGUCUAGGGAAAAUGAAAUACAAACAAAAACCACUAGAAGCCGGGGACGUAAACCAAAUCUAGUCAAGGAAACUGUGGCACCGGUUGUUAUUGUUCUCGAAGAUUCUCCUUGUACAUUAAAACCAGCCCCUAAGAAUGGUACCAAAGAGAAAACGAAAUCUAGAAAUCAAGCCACCUCAAGAGAUAAAUCUUCUAGCAAUGAAGAUGCUGUGGAUGCAAUUGCAGCUGCUGAAAGUCGUCCUCGUAGACAACGUAGACUUGUUUUAGAUAAAACGGAAAAACCAGCAGAAUCUAUAGAAUGCACAACUACAGCUAGUGUUACUAGAAGACGACAGAAAAAAAUUGUUUAAUACUUUACAAUUAUUUAUGGAAAUUGUUUUUUUUUUUGUAUUAAUUUAUGCAAAACAAUUGUUGCAAGCUAUUUAAGUUUUAUUUCCUUCUUACUUUAAUUUUUAUAUUCUUUUCUCUGUAGUUAUAUUUUUUUCUAAAUAUAUUUUUGAUUAAAUACAUUUUCAUCAACAUUAAAAUGAAA